CUCUUCAUCCACAUAACUCCUUAAAACAUCAACCAAAAAAAAUAAUCUCCAUUUUAAGUUUCUCCUUUGCUCUUUCAAUUUCAAGAAAAUCUUUGUUCAUCCAUGUACAAUGUCAUCAUCAGCACUAUGUUCAUCAAUAUUGCCACAAUGGAGAUACUCUAACAAGAAUUUGCACUAUUGGAUAUUGCCACCUUCAAAGACUAAACUUAGCUUCUUUUAUGUACCUAUUUUAUCUUCUUUCACUAAUCAUGAUUCUCUCUCACCCAUCAAACAAAAUCAGGCUAUGUAUGACCCUUCAGAGGAGCUCUUUGGACUUGCUGCUGAUUUGCAGCCAAGGAAGGUCAUUUCUAGUGCAUCGAGUCCGAGAUCAUGGUUUGGCCCAAAUGGCCAGUAUAUAAGAGAAUUACCUUGUCCAAGCUGCAGAGGAAGAGGCUACACUCCAUGUACUGAAUGUGGAAUAGAGAGAUCCAACUUAGACUGUUCAUUGUGUAACGGAAAGGGUAUGAUAACUUGUCAUCAGUGCGCUGGAGAUUGUGUCAUUUGGGAAGAGUCUAUCGAUGAAAGGCCUUGGGAGAAAGCUCGAUCGAGUUCCCCUUUAAAAGUAAAGGAAGACGACGAAGUGGACAACUUAGACAUAAAGCUCGAUGCGAAGAGAAAAACCAAGCGUGUCUACCAAUCUCCCAACACAGAAGUUAAUUUGAAGAUCAGCAGAUCACUAAAAAGCCUAAAUGCCAAGACUGGAUUAUUUAGUAAGAGGAUGAAGAUUAUCCAUGGUGAUCCCAUGCUUCAUGCACAAAGAGUAGCUGCUAUUAAGAAAGCAAAGGGGACACCUGCUGCUAGGAAACAUGCAUCAGAAUCCAUGAAAAAUUACUUCCGCGACCCAGAUAACCGUCGCAAGAGAAGCAUAUCCAUGAAAGGGGUGAAAUUUUACUGUAGAAAUUGUGGACAGGAAGGACAUAGGAGUAACUACUGUCCAGAAAUUCGAGGCAAUACGGAUAGACAUUAUAGAUGUGGAUUAUGUGGAACAAAGGGUCAUAAUAGAAGAACCUGCUUAAAGUUGAGCUUAAUUGUACCAAAAAAGACGGUUAAGGUUAAUCAUCAUUGCAGCAAGUGUCAAAGAAGUGGCCAUAAUAGAAGGACAUGCCACCUAAAGAAUGAAUUCGACACAAAAGUUGUUGCAACAAUCAAGACUCAAGUAAAGAGAACUUAUAGCUGCAGUGUGUGCUUAGGAAAAGGGCACAAUGCCAGGACAUGUCUUCAUAAAAACAACUCGAAAAGCAGAUAGUUCUUUGUAAGGAAAUCCCUGAUGUUUCGACUUUGUUCACAUAUCUCGUUUAAUCCAAUUUUCUGGUUCUUUUCUUCUGUGCUUGUA